AGGGGAGUGGGGGCGUGGCAUUUUUUUGAGGAAAAAAAGCUAAACAAUCUUUAAUCUUUCAAAUUGACUGUGUCGGCUUUUUAACUUGUCUCGGCUGGUGGAGAAGUCCAUACCUUAGAAUAGUGGUAACACACGGGGAUCCACUCAAGACAGGCCUGAAUGUAUUUUCUUCCAAAUUUCUGCACGAAAAGGUAUAGAAAGCGGGUAAUCUUUCUUUAGUCACCACUUCGGUCCCACGAUGAAUUCUAAACGUUUGCUUGACAUGUCUCCGGCUGAAAUACUGGUCGGGGGCGCUUCGAAACAAGCCGGUAUUGACCAGCAUGCAGAGGGUUCCAAGGGAAGCGAAAUGAGUGUCACCACUACUGACAGCGGUGUCAUUCUGGCGUGCAGGAGCGGGCCCGCAUCAGGAGCAGUUUUCUGCACAAUCGUGCUAGACGAUGGCUCUUUGAGAGAAUGUACAAACCAGGACAUCAUCCUCAAUGGGAAUGACCUGUCGUCAGGGAGAGAAAAAUACGCGCACCAGAAAAUAAUGGGUUGUGGUGGCGAGGCAGAGAGGAACAGUGGUCUGACUGGGGUCCUUACUAACGACAGUCCCACUCACUGCCUGAUCCUGAACGGGCAGAAGCCGGACAGACACAUGCACUCGAAAGCGAGGAAUCCGCUGGUGCCCGACGGUUUCCAGGAAACCGGACAUCAAGUGCCACCUGAGGAGAGAAAUCCCCACCCCUCCUCCCACAUACCUGUCCCCCGACGCAGGAAAUCCUCAGGUCGUGCCGAUAAGGAGGUAAUGGCUGCCACCGUCCUGACAUCGCUAUCCACCUCCCCACUGGUCCUCACCCAGACAUCCUCAGCUGCAGUUCCGGAGUCGGCUAGCAGGGGGUGGAAGGAGGCGCUGUCGACCAGCUACAGCAGCUCCACCAGUGGCAACUGGAGCUGGGACACCAGCGACCAAUCAGUGCCCUCCACACCAUCCCCACCCCUCUCCAACGAUGCCAGCAAGAGCUUCCUGCUCCCCUCCCAGGGUGAUGACGUCAUCGAGGACGUCACAGAGAGCAGUCACUUUCCGUUUGUGGACCCCAUACCCCGGAAGCGAAAGAACUCCAUGAAGGUGAUGUUCAAGUGCUUGUGGAAGAACUGUGAAAAGGUCCUCAGCACCUCUUCAGGGAUCCAGCGACACAUCCGAACCGUCCACCUGGGGCGGAACUGCGACUCGGACUACAGCGACGGGGAGGAGGACUUCUACUACUCGGAGAUCGAGGUCAACAUGGACAGCCUAUCAGAGGGCUUAUCCAGCCUCACGCCCACCUCCCCCACCACCUCCGGCCCUCCCCCCGUUUUCCCACCUGUCUCCCUCACCACCUGUCUCCCUCGUUCUGAGCCCUCCCACAUCGCCAUGAGGGGGACACAUGGCCACGCCCCCACCCUGCUCAGCCAAUCAGCUCCCUCCACGCUCUGCCAUAUUCGCACUGACCACGCAUACCAGGUUUUCCAGGCCACUGCUCCUGUGAGUAUUCCUGUGUGUUCGGAGCAGGUUGGUGGGAAUGAUGGGAUUGGGAAUGGGGAUGGGAUCAGUGUGUCCUGGCAGUCGUCUCCUGUCAUUUUUAAGGGCUUACCGGGCCCUUUGACUCACACCCGCACGGUGAGCUUCGGGGAGAAGAGACAGCCUGCCCUUCACACACACACUACCAUCAGCAAGACAGCCCCCUCUACAGCCCCCCUGCCCAAACCAGCACCAGGAACCAGGAAACCCCGCGGAGAGGCUAAAAAGUGCCGGAAGGUAUACGGCAUGGAGAAGAGGGACAUGUGGUGCACAGCCUGCCGUUGGAAAAAAGCCUGUCAGCGAUUCAAUGAUUGAACCCCACUACAUCACUGGGAUGGACUCUUCCUCUGUCAGAGCUUCACUGAGGUGGAGUCUUCCACUGGGGAGAAGUGGGUGUUCUCCCUGAUGAAGCUGCUUAGAGCACGCACUGCUUCCUCCUGACCAGCAGGGGUCUCUCUGCUUGCUUCUCUUAAUCCUCAGACAGCUAAACACACGAAACACAAAAACACAUGGAUGAAAAA